GAACAUUAACUAUGGCAUGUGAAAUCACAGAAAUAGAUGUUGAAACGAUCUACCUUAUUCAAAUACGAAUGAUCAACUCAACAUUGCUUUCAGGGACAGAUUUCCCUGAAUGGGAAACAUUAGCAUUCAUGGAAUUAGUUUCAAAUGAAAGUCCUACAUUAAGUUCAGAUAUCAUGGCAAGUACUAAAGAUUAUUUCGCCGAUGGAGCUUGGAAUUCUGUAACACCUACAUCGACAUACCUUACACUGUCUAUGAAUAUUUCAAAACUUGAAUGCCACGAUGCCAGGGAAUACUUGUGUGAAUUAGCCUUCAAAAGCAAUAUCACUUCAGCUGUCAAGAAAUUUGAAAUGAAUGAAAAUUUCUCAGCCUAUGUAAAUCCACGUGUAAUAUCGUUAAUUGCAAGAAGGGAUGGUUUAAUUGUUCAAGGAGCUUCCAACCUAUCAGCCGCUGUGUCUGUUACUGUAGGAGAUGAAUUGGAACUCAAUUGUACAGCUAAUAUUGGAAGCUUGCCAGAAACAGUAAUUCGUUGGAAUAUAUCAUCUGAAACCUCAUCAGCUGGUGAAUUUGAUGAGUAUCGACGAACAGCCGGUACAUUUGAUGAUGGAACGGUAAUCAGUGAUAAUCAGUGUGGAUAUAUCCGAACUGGGUCUAUUCAGUACAAAAUAAAAUCAUCUGAUGUUCUAAGAGCUUCUUACUUGGUAUUUGAGUGUUAUGUUAGAGUCAAUAAAGGUCCCUAUGGAUCAUUUGUUACACAAACUAAUCCAAGAUUCUAUUUUGACGUCAGUAAGUUAUUUUGA